AUGAGCAGGAUGCGCAGCGCAGCGGGGAAACACUUGUGGCUCCUGCUGCUUGUCUUUCCUCUGACGUGGGCCGUGUUCACCAAGACAGAGCCCCACGCCAGCGAACAUAACACAGUCUGGAGCCAAGCCGGAACCAGACAUCUCUUUGCAAGAAGAAAGUUGAUUCUACAGCAGGAAAGUCUUGUUCCAAGGCUGCACACAGCCCUCCUGACCCCCCCGCGCCGCUGCAGUCGCCUCAUGGAGAACUGCUCUCGGACGCUCUGCUGUGACCCCUGCACCUCCUGCCGCUGCCGCCUCUUCAACACCAUCUGCCACUGUCGGAGAACCAACCCCCAGUGCCUAAAAAGCAGAGCCUGA